AUGACGACGACGACGACGACGAUAGCAGAUGUCUGUAAUGUGGUGGUAGGAUUGAAGCCGAUGUUGUUAAUGGUGAUGGUUCAGAUAGCGUUCGCGGCUGUUAAUGUGCUCUACAAGCUCGCCGUCAAUGACGGCAUGAACCUAAGAGUUUUGGUUGCCUAUCGCUUUCUCUUCACCGCCAUUUUCAUGGCUCCCCUUGCUCUUGUUCUGGAAUGGAACAAGAGACCAAAGAUGACUUGGAAGACACUGUUUCAAGCCUUUCUUUGUGGUUUAUUUGGGCUUCUUACUAUAGCUUACUCGGGAAUAGUUGUGUCUGGUGUAAUGGUAGUGGUGAUGUCAUGGUGUAUGCACAUGAGAGGCCCUGUUUAUGUAUCUGCUUUCAAUCCUCUCAUGCUUGUCUUUGUAGCCUUGGCUGGUUGUUUCAUGUUAGAUGAGAAGCUACAUCUUGGAAGGAAUAUUCCAAGGAGCUUCGAAAACUUGACAAUGCUAGAGGAGUUGGAUCUUUUCCAAAAUAACAUGGAGAACAUGAUUCAAGAAGGUCAUUUACCAAGAAGUAUUGGAAACUUGACUGAGCUUCAAUUGUUACGUCUUAUUGCCAAUAACUUGGAAGGAAAUAUUCCUCAAACAAUUGGUGAGCUCACAAACUUGAAAAUUAUACAAUUCUUAUCUAACAAGUUGUCUGGCCAAAUACCAAGGAAUUUUGGAAACUUGACAAAACUUCAAGAGCUAGACCUUGGUGAAUAUAACAUUGAAGGAGAUAUUCCCAAAGAGAUUGGUAAUCUUAAAAGCUUGACAAAUCUAUAUUUAGACCUCAAUCAGUUUUCUGGUCAAAUACCGUCAACAAUCUUCAAUAUAUCUGAGUUGCAAGAGAUUGAUUUAAGUGGGAAUAAUUUGUCAAGAGGCAUUCCUUCUAAUAUAUGCAAUGGACUUCCAAAUUUACAAUAUUUGGCUCUUCAAGACAACAACUUAUUUGGAGCUAUACCAUCUAGUUGGGCACAAUUCAAGCAUCUCAAGGUGUUAAAAUUAGAAGAAAACUUUUUGACAGGAGAUCUACCAGGAGAUAUUGGAAACUUAACUAUGCUUCAAAUGUUAACUCUUGGUUACAAUAACUUAAAAGGUAAUAUUCCAUCAAAUUAUGGGAACCUCACUAAUUUGUAUAAACUCUCUAUAGAAGAAAACAGUUUGAUUGGAAGGAUUCCAACAACAAUUAGUAGCAUACAAGAUCUUCAGUAUUUGAGUCUUGAAGGUAAUAAGCUACAUGGUGCAAUCAUUGAAGAGCUAUGUGGAAUGCCAAGACUUGCUUAUUUAUAUCUAAGUGAGAACAAGUUUUCUGGAUCAAUGCCGCAUUGCAUGGGAAAUGUUACCUCCUUACGAGAACUUCACCUGGACAAUAACAAGUUAACUUCAGAAAUUCCCUUUUCUUUUUGGAAUUUGAAGGACAUAUUGAUCAUAAACUUGUCUUCAAAUAGUUUAGUUGGAAAUCUAUCACUCAAUAUCGGCAACUUAAAAGCUCUUGUGUCAUUGGAUUUGUCAAGAAAUCAUAUUUUAGGAAUCAUUCCCUCAACCAUGGAUAGCUUGCAAACUUUGCAAAAUCUCUCCUUAGCAUAUAACAAUUUGCGAGGAAAUAUUCCCAAAUUACUCGGAAAUAUUCCAAGUUUAAUGAAUUUGGACCUUUCCCAUAAUAAUUUGUCUGGUGAGAUUCCCAAAAAUUUGGAGUCACUUGUUUAUCUAAAGUUUAUCAAUCUCUCAUUUAACAAACUACAAGGAGAGAUUCCCAGUGGAGGUGUUUUCAAAAAUUUGACUGCUGAAUCUUUUAUGAUUGAUGAAGCUCUUUGUGGUAAACAAGAACUAAAAGCAUCCUCUUUUAAACAAAGACAACCAAAUUCAUGGGAUUCUUUCGAAAGGGACUCACCAAUUUUAGGAGGACAAAGAAGGAUUUCUUAUUUUGAAAUUCUAGAAGCAACUAAUGGAUUUGAUGAGAGUAACUUUAUUGGAAGUGGGAGUUAG